GCUUGGGUCGAGACCUUCUGUGGGGACUUUUUUUGUGCUGGACUGGACUACUUAUAACUACGUCCGACGGACUACUACUCCUAGCUGGACGACUGUGUGCUGCUACUGCUGCUGCGUUUCCUACUGCUGUCGCGUUCUUCUCCACCUCUUCUCUAUCUCCAUCUCCAGUACCGAGUCUAUCCUCUCCGCCACCCACGCCCUUCCUCCCUCCUUCUUUCUCCCACCACCACAAUGCACCUCACGGCCUUCCUUGGCCUCUGGGCCAUCGCCGCCUACAUCAUCUACUUCACGCUCAACGCAAUCGUCACACGCCGGCGGCGAGCCACUCUCGCAAAGAAGCUAAGCUGCAAGCCGCCCCCGAGCUGGAACGCCGGCGACCUCUUCGGCAUCAAGGAAGUUCGUGCCGUGCUCAAUGCCGACAACACGAAGCGCCUGCCGCCGUACGUCAUGUCCCGCGUUGAGGAUAUCAGCAAGCGCGAGGGCCGCGUCGUCUCCACCAUGGCCAUCACUCAGGCCGCCGACGAUCUGCUCUUUACUUGCGACCCGAAGAACAUCCAGGCGCUGCUGGCGACGCAGUUCAAGGACUUUGAAUUUGGCCCUACGAGAAAUGGCAACUUCGGGCCGCUUCUUGGCUCGGGAAUUUUCGCAGCCGAUGGAAAGCAAUGGGAGCACUCGCGCGCAAUGCUGCGGCCGCAAUUCGCGCGCGAGCAGAUCAGCGACCUCGAGCUCGAAGAGGCGCACGUGCAGAACAUGCUGCGCACACUGCCUGCAGGCAGCGAUGGCUGGACAGCCGCAACCGACCUGCAGGUCCUCUUCUUCCGUCUGACGCUCGACUCGGCGACCGAGUUCUUGUUCGGAGAGAGUGUCGACAGCCAGCUCGCAGCCCUGCCGGGCUACGUGCCCAAGAGCACCAACACCACCAGCGACGAGCGCCUCUUCGCCUACUCCUUCGACAAGGCGCAGUGGUGGCUGGCCCGGGGCGCCCGCUUCGGCAGUAAGUACUGGCUGGUGCACGGCAAGGACUUCAAGAAGCAGUGCCGCGAAGUGCACGACUACGUCGACUACUUUGUGCAGCUCGCGCUCAACAAGGCAGCUCGCAACGACGAGGAAAAGGCAUCCGGCCGCAAGGAAAAAUACGUCUUCCUGGACGCGCUGGCGGCUCAGACGCGCGACCCGCUCGAGCUGCGCGCCCAGCUGCUCAACAUCCUGCUCGCGGGCCGCGACACGACGGCCAGCCUGCUGGGGUGGUUGUUCCUGGAGCUCUCGCAGAACGAAGCCCAGUUCACCAAGCUGCGGACCGGCAUUCUCGAGGCCUUCGGCCCCGACGGCAGCGACGACCCCGCCCACGCCAUCAACUUCGCCGCCCUCAAGAACUGCGCCCCCCUCCAGCAAGCCCUUAACGAAACGCUGCGUCUCUACCCGGUCGUCCCCAUUAACAGCCGCCGCGCCUUCGUCGACACGACGAUCCCGCGCGGCGGCGGGCCCGACGGCCUCUCCCCUGUCUUCGUCCGCGCGGGCCAGGAGGUCAACUAUUCCGUGUACGCCAUGCACAGGCGGCGGGAUCUGUGGGGCGAGGACGCGGAUGAGUUUAGGCCCGAGCGCUGGGAGGGCCGUAGGCCUGGCUGGGAGUACCUGCCGUUCAAUGGCGGGCCGCGCAUUUGCAUUGGCCAGCAGUUUGCGCUGACCGAGGCGGCGUAUGUGGUUGUUAGGCUGAUGCAGAAGUUUGACGGGAUCCAGGGACUGGACAAGGGCACGAAGAACCCGGACUUGAAGUAUGGGUUGACGUUGACGAGCUGCCCCGGUGAGGGUGUGAAUGUGCGGUUGAGGGAGGCGAAGCGGGAGAGUGCGUGAGAGAUGUGUUUGUAUGAUUAGGAGUAACUAAGGGAGGAUUUGUUUGGCAUGAUUGUGAGAAUAAGUACGCAGAGAAAAGGUGGUCGGCUGGCGUAGUUGAUUCUGUCUUAAACGUUAGUUGGAUAUACCUGUAUCUACACCAAUCUCUACCUGUUUCCGUUCUUAAAGUAAGAGUGAGGACCAAGGCGAAAGGUGACUUUGAACGUCG